AUGCUGACUGUCCCGUACAACGACCUUGACCAGAGCGACCCUCAGUCGUUAGAUAGCCUACUUGAGCGGCCGAGAUCAAAUGCCCACCCUGUUCUGAUAGGGUUAUACAUGCUCAGGAUUGCUACUUUCUUGCAACAUCUCCAUCCGGAUCUUCAUAAGAACAUCAAAGGAUUAUCAGAACCUCCGCGUCAGAUGAUGAGCCGCCUGUUCAGCACCGCCAUCAGCCUCGUAACCAUGAACGAAAGUCUUAUCAGCAGCAUUGAAGGACUAGAGUGUGUGAUGUUAGAGAGUUUGUGGUAUACAAAUGGCGGGAAUCUGCGCAAAGGAUUGGUUGCAAUCCGGAGGGCCAUAACCGUUGCGCAAUUGAUGGGGCUCCAUCGCUCCUCCAGCGGCCCACCGCGGUGUAAGCUUCUCAACCCAGAAAAGAAGGUUCAUUCAAAGUUUAUAUGGUUCCGUAUUGUAUUUGCGGAACGACACCUUUGUCUCAUGCUGGGCCUACCUCAGAGUACGGCCGAUCAAAGUAUGGCUUCCAAGGAUAUGCUCGACAACGAUACCCCCAUGGGGCGUCUUGACCGCAUGCACUGCGUUAUCGCAUCUCGUAUACUCCAGCGCAACCAGUCCGACCCAAGCCCCCACGAUUUUGCAUUAAUGCUAGAAUUAGACAAAGAGUUACAGAAAGCGGCUGAAGACUUACCUAAGAAGUGGUGGCUUCACUCAAACCUGGCAACGACCUUGGACAACCCUGAGACGCUUUUCUGGGAUAUGCGGCGGCUAUUCCAUCAGCUAUUUCACUACACUCUUCUCAACCAGCUUCAUCUUCCCUAUAUGCUCCGCUCCUCGAUUAAUGGACGCGAGAACCAAUACUCACGGAUUACUUGCGUCAACGCCUCCCGAGAGGUUCUAUCGCGCUUUAUAACAUUCCGAAGCUCCGACCGUAUUGCUUUCUGGUGCCGGACACUGGAUUUUCUGUCCUUAAUGGCGGCCAUGACGCUUUUGAUAGCGCAUCUUGACGGGCACCAACAGGUACAGGAAAGUAUGGAAGAAGUCAGCCGACAAAACGGGGAUGCACUGGGAGCACGGAGCGCAGAGCUGCUCCGACGACUACUGUCUAUUGAGGCCGAGGCAGCCAGAGGACAUAGAAGGAGUGUGGACAGCGUAACUGUGCGGAUACCAGCGACUGCUGAAGAUCCAGCGGAUGAAGAGAAUGAAGGGAGAAGUAGCGUUGUGAGCGUCUACAUACCAUAUUUUGGCUGGAUACAAGAUUCCGAAACAGAUUUUGUCGAUAAUACAGUCGAAGUUCUAAAGACUUGGAGUAGCACUCCGGUCGAUAAAAACAGCGGCAAUAGCCGACAAACAGAUACAGAUGUUCGAGCAGGAAAGCUAUCAGCAUUGGCUCCCUCUGCUGGGGAUUACAGUAGCACUACACAAGAAAACAGUAUAACAAAGGGCUUUCUACAACAAGAGGAAGAUAUUCUAUUUACAAAUGGGGCUGAUGACUGGGUCUACCAAAGUGUUGAUAUGGCCUUUCUUGAUACCUUGGUGAGAGAUGUUGGAGAUGAUCGGGGUGAAAUACCGGAUAGGUGGGAGGAACAGAACGUGCUCUAA